GCAAGCUCCGCCCCCCCAUUCUCACGAGUCCACCCAGCUUCCCAGAUCACGCGGGUUGCUGCCCCCCUCCCCGGGGUAGGGGGGUGCUGUUAACCCCAGUAUCCAGCAGUUUGAGGAGCAGAAAACCCUCUUCUCUAGUGGGAUUCCAAAGAGGGCAGCACCAGGAGAGGGUGGACUGAGAAUGAGGCCACCCGAAGGAGCUGGGCUUUGGUACACCAAGCCAUCACCCUUGACAGCUCAGUCCUGAAGGAGGAGGAUUUCAGGCUCCAUGAGAGCAAGGGACAUUGGGACUGGGACUCUCAGCUGCUAGCAGCAGGAAGGAAUAGAUGCUGUUGCUACACACUCAGAUCACAAAGGAACAGCCAUGGGGUGUUUCCAAACAUCUUGGAGUAACUCUUGGAUUUAUCCCACUGUGAUCCUCUGCUUAUUUGGGUUUUUCUCCACGAUGAGACCCUCAGAGCCUUUUAUUAUCCCAUAUUUGACUGGACCUGAUAAGAACCUGACCAACACAGAGAUCACAAAUGAGAUCUUCCCCGUGUGGACAUACUCAUACCUGGUGCUGCUGCUUCCCGUGUUCAUCCUUACGGAUUACGUCCGCUACAAGCCGGUCCUCAUCCUCCAGGGCGCGAGCUCCAUCGUCUGCUGGCUGCUGCUCUUGUUUGGCCAAGGGGUGGUGGCCAUGCAGGUGCUUGAGUUCUUCUUCGGGAUAGUCACUGCCACAGAGGUGGCUUACUAUGCCUACAUCUACAGUGUGGUCAGCCUCGAGCACUACCAGAAAGUGAGCAGCUACUGCAGGAGCGUCACGCUGGUGUCCUACACCAUGGCCUCUGCACUGGCCCAGCUCUUGGUGUCUGUGGCCAAUGUUCCCUACUUCUACCUCAAUGUCAUCACCCUGGCCUCUUUCUGUGUGGCCUUCCUCCUCUCGUUCUUUCUGCCCAUGCCUGAGAAGAGCAUGUUCUUUCACGCAAAGCCCGGCAGAGAAGUCCAGAAGUCACCCAGCACGAGGACGGUGUUGAGUGACACUCAUGAGCGUGAAGCAGUCAGGCGGAAAGAGAAAACCCCUUUGGAAAUUCCCCCCAUUUUAGGGGACCUGGAAGAUGACCACAUGAGCCAGCUGAAGCCCAGACACACUGCUCUGAGGGUCUUUGUCCAGUGGUUCCAGGACCUGAAGGAGUGUUACUCCUCAAAGCAUCUUUUUUACUGGUCCUUGUGGUGGGCUUUUUCUACCGCAGGUUUUAACCAGGUUGUGAACUAUAUUCAAGUCCUGUGGGAAUACAAAGCACCAUCUCAGAAUCAUUUCGUGUAUAACGGGGCUGUAGAAGCAAUCGCAACCUUUGGAGGAGCCAUGGCCUCCUUGGCGGUGGGUUAUGUGAAAGUCAACUGGGACCUCCUGGGGGAGUUGGCUCUGGCAUUCUUCUCAGUGGUCAGUGCCGGCUCUCUGUUUCUCAUGCAUUACAUCAGCAACAUCUGGGCGUGCUAUGCUGGUUACCUCAUCUUCAAAUCCAGCUACAUGCUCCUUAUCACCAUAGCAGUAUUUCAGAUUGCAGUUAACCUGAGUGUGGAACGCUAUGCCCUGGUGUUUGGAAUCAACACCUUUAUUGCCUUGGUGGUUCAGACCAUUUUAACUGUGGUCGUGGUGGAAAAGAAAGGCCUCAACCUGCCGGUCAGCACUCAGUUUUUAGUUUAUGGGAGUUAUUUUGCCAUCGUUGCUGGAAUCUUCCUAAUGAGAAGCAUGUAUAUUAUCUACUUAGCCACGUGCCAGAAGAAAGUGCAAAACUCUGCUGAGAGUCAGAACCCGUAUGAACCACAAGAGGAACCGAGGGAUGCCGUUGUGGGAACAAAGUUCUAGUGUUGUGUGAACCACUCCAGUACCUGAACGAACACUCUUCUGACAAGCUGAGCAAGGACUCUUAGCUAAAUGUUUUUGAGUGGCAGAAAUUGACCCAUGUUAUGAGUCUGGACUCCAGUGAGCCUUUUCAAAAUCUCCCCAGAAUCACAGCUUUAGGUCAGACGUCUUUGUGUCUCACUGAAUAGGAUGUAAUCCGCACAGUCUUCACCUCAGUUGAACAACACUGGAUAGCAGAGACUGGGAAAUUCUGGUUUUGAUCACAUGCACUAAAACACACCAGGAGAAAUUUUCCAUUUAUCAUAGCACUGAUGCUUCCCAUUUGUGAGCAAGAUUACAAAUGCACUGGCUCCAUUGUUUGGUUGAGAUAUUUACUAUAUUACUUAAAAAAAAAAAAAAAAAAAAAAAAAAGCAGGCCGGGCCAGGGGUAGAUAGCAUAAUGGUGGUGCAAAAAGACUUUCAUGCUUAAGGCUCGGAAGUCCCAGGUUUAAUCCCCCACACCACCAUACACCAGGGCUGCGCAGUGCUCUGGUAAGAA